AUGUCUAAUGUAACAACGUCCAUGAACAACAACGUUAUCGUGAAAGAAGAUAAUAAUAAUCGAGAAGAGAUGAAUUUGAACGUUCAAUUGAAUCGUUGGAUAUUAAAAUCGAUCGGUGCAUGGCCUAAAUCAUUCAACAUUUCGUAUAAACAAAUUUUUUUGCACAGAUUAAGUAACGUUAUUUGUUAUGGUCUGAUUAUAUUUUUGAUGAUACCAUGUGGAUUAUAUUUAUCGUUUGAAGUUAAAGAUACUUACGACAAAAUACGUUUAACCGGACCAUUGAGCUUUUGUUUAAUGGCAAUAAUCAAAUAUUGUGCAUUGACGUUAAGAGAAAAUGAUAUUCGUCGUUGUUUGGAUUACAUAGAAUUGGAUUGGAAACAAGUUCGACACCUGGAAGAUAUUAAAAUUAUGAAAAAUAAUGCAAAUAUCGGUCGUCGUAUUGUAAUCAUUUGUGCAAUUUUUAUGUACAGCAGUGCUGCAUUUUAUUACAUAGCUGUACCUUUUGCAAAAGGUUUAGUUAUUGAAGAUGACACCAAUCUAACUUACAGGCCACUCGUUUAUCCAGUUGCAAGGAUCAUCGUUGACGCACGUCGUACACCAAUCAAUCAAAUAUUCUUUGGCAUACAAUGUGUUUCAGGAUUUAUCGCUCAUUCGAUUACGGCAGGUGCUUGCGGACUUGCUGCAACAUUUGCCAUGCACGCUUGCGGACAAUUGCAAGUCAUUACGAUUUGUUUGAAAAAUUUGAUUGACGGUCGUCAGGAUUCUUUUGAUACCGUUGAACAAAGGCUUGCUGAUAUUAUUCAACGUCAUGUUCGUGCAUUGAAUUUUAUUUCGCUUACAGAAGAAGUGUUGAAUGAAAUAUCACUGGUCGAAGUUGUUGGUUGUACUUUGAAUAUUUGUCUACUUGGAUAUUACUGCAUCACUGGUUGGCAAUACAACGAAACUAUGGGUCGUGUAACGUACAUCAUACUAUUCAUAUCAGUUACUUUUAAUAUUUUUAUAUUCUGUUACAUAGGUGAACUACUUGCCGAACAGUGCCAAAAAGUAGGAGAAUGUUCCUACAUGAUUGACUGGUACCGAUUACCAUGGAAAAAUAUUCGUAGCCUUGUUUUGAUCAUUGCAACCUCCAAUUCAUCGAAAAAUCUAACCGCAGGAUAUCUCAUUGAAUUAUCUUUAACUAGUUUUGGUGAUGUUAUCAAGUCGUCACUCGCAUACUUGAACAUGUUGAGAACGUUGACCGAAUAA